CAUCAGGUCGACGCGCGCCUGGAGCUUUGCACGCUUGAAAAUAGCAGGCGCAACGUGUCAUCGACUUCCUACACAGAUGCCUCACAGCCACCAUCGAUCCCCGACGCGUACGCGCAGCCGGUAGCUUGGUACCACCUUCAUCUCUCCUUGCGCCUCCACUCGCGCAACGUGACCGGAGUCUUACCACGCCAACACGAUCAUCUGGACACUCCAGAUAGCCCGCCAUGGCCGUUCCGACCGAAACGCCUAGUAGGCGCAACAUUCGCGGCCCUGGCCGACCACCACGCGCUGCCGAACCCAGCGCCAUGCCCAGCGCCCCUGCGUCUGCGCCGCUGAAGAGACCCAAGUACAUCCCCGGCGGGCCUGGGGGAGGAGGGCGCUAUAUCGACCCGGAGACGGGCGAAGAGAUACCCAAAGACAUCGCGAUUCCGCUCCUCAAAGCGGCUGGAAGAAGACCUAGUGCGCAACGCCCACGGCCCGCGCGCACGCCAGCCGCCAACCGCAACUUUUCCCCCGAUGCGGGGACGCCGUCCAGGACAGCCACACGUUCGCGCCGCGAUCGACCUUCUGCCGGCCCGAGAGCCAGCUCUGCAUCAGCCGCAGCCGCAGCUGUGGCUCAAAGCGAUGGAUACAAACCGAGAGAGGAGCGUGGCUGGGAGGAAUUCCACCCUGACCUAGACAUUGAGGCAGAACUUAUGGUAUUCACCGCAGAAGAAGUGGACGGUGUUAGCCCUCCAGUUACCAAGCCAGCUACGCCUACCGCUGGUAUCAAUUCUCCAGGCCCCUUGGGCGACACACAGAAUGGCGCAUCCUCUGUAAUAGACGAAGCAUAUCUUGUCAGCAAUGACCUUUCAUUGAAAUCGCAAGAAUCUUUCAGCAUGGAACAGGAUGAAAACACCAUUCAUGUCGGAAACAGCGAGCACUCGGCAACACCGACCGUUAUCAAGAGACGUCCAGGGCGACCACCGAGGCGCCAAGGAGGAAUGUUGACGGGACUUGGCUCUCCUCCAGCGCCUAGAAUCGAGCCAUUGCCGACGAAAGACAAGCGGGAGAAGCUGAGCCUUCCUAAGCCGGCUUACCGGCUCGUGGAUACGUUCUCGGCCUAUGAGCAAGACCCAUCCGCCCAGGUAAACUACGUCGAUCGGUCUAUGGCGAGCAUCGGAUACCAGGAAAGCGACAUUUUCGUGCGUCCCGAAAAGGCUCUAAUACGCAUGGUCGAUGGGAACCUCGAAGAAGACCUGGAUCCGUCCGUAACCGCCGCUGGGGAGCUGAGCGCAAGCGCGAUAGGGCGAGUUGAGUAUGACAUGGACGAGCAAGACAAUUGCUGGUUGGAAGCGUACAAUGCGCAGAGGCGGGAAGAGCAGGUCGAGGCGAUCAAGCCUGCAAUGUUCGAGAUAACCAUAACGCUGAUCGAGAAGUGUUGGCAUGGACUCGAGAAGAGGAUCCCAAAACCAAACCCGAAACCUCCCCAGACGCAUCGUCCACGAUCCAGCUCUGCGGCAGCAGUCAAUGGAGAAUCAUCAGGGCAUGGGGAGGAACAGGAUACAAAAUGCGCGGUGUGUGACGAUGGCGACUGCGAAAACACCAAUGCGAUUGUCUUCUGCGACGGCUGCGAUCUUGCAGUACACCAGGAGUGUUACGGAGUUCCGUUCAUACCUGAGGGUCAGUGGCUUUGCCGAAAGUGCCAGUUGAUCGGCCGAGGAACGCCCACCUGCAUCUUUUGCCCUAAUGUCGACGGCGCCUUCAAGCAGACCACAGAUUCUCAGAAAUGGUCUCAUCUGUUGUGUGCGAUAUGGAUUCCCGAGGUCACGCUGGGCAACACAACGUUCAUGGAGCCAGUCAUGGAUAUGGAAAAGGUUCCGAAGCAGCGCUGGAAGCUGACAUGCUACAUCUGUGAGCAAAAGAUGGGCGCCUGUAUCCAGUGCGGGAACAAAAGCUGCUACUCCGCCUUCCACGUCACUUGCGCGAGGCGCGCCAAGCUUUUCCUCCGAAUGAAGUCCGCACAUGGGGGCCCUGCUAGCAUGGAUGCCAGCGUCCUCAAGGCUUUCUGUCAUAAACAUGUGCCACAUGAUUGGAGACGCGAAAACGAUGUUGAAAAUGCUACCAUGGAGGCGAUCUCUUUUUACCGUUCAACCAUGAGAGGUAGGCGUUGGGCAGAUAGCCAACAGUCGGCGCUGAUUCAAUUGCCCGCUCAAGCCUUGGAGGACGAUGACGACUCAGUGCAAGUCCCAGGGAGCAACAAGCGUAAGCGCAGCCAAUCUACAAAGGGCGUAUGGAGACUUCCAUCUGGGGCACCCAUCGUGCCUCAGGUUGUUUACAACGAAGUCGAAAAUUUGUUGGUACGCUUCAACAUCCGUAAGCGCAAAGAGUACGUAGCCGAGGCUUGCAAGUACUGGACCCUUAAGAGGGAAGCCCGGCGCGGCGCUGCAUUACUCAAACGACUCCAAUUGCAGAUGGAAACCUUCACAUCAAUGGAGCUUACCAGGCGUAACUUUGCAGGAAUGGGCGCAAUCGGAAGACCAAGAUUGCAUCGGCGCAUCGAGUUUGCAGAGCUUCUUGAGCAGGAUAUGGUGCAGGUCAAGGAGCUUUGCAAGCUUGUCAAAGAAAGGGAGUUGCAGAAAUUGGAAGAUUCAAGACUCCUGAGGCACAUUGUGGAUACGGUGUACUUCCCCAUCGCGCCAUUGCUCUGGCCAAUUCUCGAAAAGGCACAAAAUCUUGACCCCAAGGGUGUAUUCAAGGAAGGAUUUGAUGGCAUCGAGAGGAAGCUAGAUGAGCGUUUCUACACCUCGGUGUCCGCCUUCUCGUCAGAUAUUGGGGCUGUUUUCAGCUCAGUCAUCGGCUUAAGCAACGGCACAGAUGCUCGCGAAAUGCACGAACAGCUUAACGGCAAUCAAUCUACCAACGGAACCUUGACACCGGAGCAGAAAGACAAAAGAAAGCUCGCAAAGCGUAUCAUCAAAGCGGUACAAGGGCUUCUCGAAGAUGCCAUCAUCAAGGAAGGACAACUCGCUGGUAAACCCUACGAGAAGGAGCUGCGCGAGCUCGACGCCCUGCUGGACAACAGCGUGCGUUCAGGAGCCGAGUCAGUGGCAGCCGCUCAUGGAGAAACCAUCGAGGAAGCCAGCGACGAGGAGACGGACGAGAGACCGCUGACUAACGGUGCGGUUCAAGAUGUUGAGAUGACUGAUGCUGGGGAGGAGAAACCACAAACUGCAUCAGAAGAGGCGAACGACACGAAUGGCCUGCCCAAUGGUGACCAAGCGGCUGAUGAGCAAGAACAUGAUGAGAAGCCGCAGUUGCGCGGAGGCUUGGGCGAAGCGGACGUCCAUCCUACACAGGCAGAGGGGCCGCCGCAAUCAACGGCCAAUAUCGAGCAGCAUGCGGAUGAGUCGGCCGGUGGCCGACAAGGAAGCAUCAGCACGGCCCCGGCACUGUCUAAUUCGGGCAGUACCCACCCGUCAACGGUCCAUCCAGAGCCUCUCACGCCACCACAGUCGGAUGGCGAUCUUCUCGCGCCUCUCACUAACGGAGGCAUUCCGUGGUACUUUGAAACGUUUGACCCUCAUGGUACGACGAUCCACGACGAACGGUGGACUGGGCGGGACGUGGUCCGCGACAUGAGCGAGGACCUGAGCGAGCUUGGAGACGACGAGCUGAACGAGCUUGUGGACGACGAGAUGGGCGACGCACCAGCGGCGGGCCCGAGUGGCAGCGAGGCGCAAAGCGAGGCGGCGACUAAGGCGGCCAAAGCCAAGGCGCGGCAGAAGGCGAGGAAGAAGCAGCGGAACAGUUAUUGGUGAUGAUUAUUUCUUGUUUUCUUGGGCGUUCAUUUGGAGGGUGGCUGACGGCGAGCUGUAUACCAUUUCGGAAGCCAGGCACCGAGCGGGGUGCUGGCGGGGGGGAAGGCAGCGGAGGGCGUCUGGCGUCGCCAGUGACUAUUAAUUUUUUUCCAUGUUUUCUUUGCACGGACGCACCACGUAGGUAAGAAAGGUUGUAACUGUCAUAAUGCGAAGUGAUGUUCCGCAGGGGCCC